AGGAGGCACAAACAAAUACAAAAAGAUUGAAUAUCGUAGCUAUAUGGCUCCGACUUUGCAAGGCGAGUGGAUCAAGGUGCAGCAGAGAGGAGGACAAGGACCUGGACCAAGAAGCUCACACGGCAUAGCUGUGGUUGGAGACAAGCUCUAUUCUUUCGGCGGGGAGCUGACCCCAAACAUUUCCAUCGACAAAGACCUUUACGUCUUUGACUUCAACACUCACACUUGGUCAAUCGCUCCAGCCAAGGGAGACGUUCCUAACGUCAAGGCCUUGGGCACCCGCAUGGUGGCUGUUGGAACUAAGCUCUAUCUCUUCGGAGGCCGCGAUGAGAAUAAACAAUUUGAGGACUUUUAUUCAUACGAUACCGUGAAAAAGGAGUGGAAGUUCCUGACGAAGCUCGAUGAAGAGGGAGGACCUGAGGCCCGCACUUACCAUUCGAUGGCUUCCGAUCAAAACCAUGUGUAUGUGUUCGGUGGAGUGAGCAAAGGUGGGACGAACAAAACCCCUGUGCGUUUCAGGACGAUCGAGGCCUAUAACAUUGCUGCUGGGAAAUGGGUUCAGCUACCAGAUCCUGGAGUGCAGUUUGAGAAGUUCGAGAAAAGAGGUGGAGCUGGAUUCGCUGUGGUGCAAGGAAAGAUUUGGGUGAUUUACGGGUUUGCGACUUCGCCUGAUCCUAAUGGGAUGAACGACUACGAGUCUGAUCUUGUUCACUACUUUAAUCCCGCUACUCAAAAAUGGACCGAAGUGGAGACCAAAGGACAGAAACCUUCUGCGAGGAGCGUGUUUGCGCAUGCGGUAGUAGGAAAAUAUAUACUAAUAUUUGGAGGUGAGACCUGGCCGGACCCAAGGGCACAUUUGGGUCCCGGGACGUUGUCCAGUGAGGGUUUUGCGUUGAACACUGAGACAUUGGUGUGGGAGAAGUUUGGAGGAGGAAAUGAACCGGGGCAACUUGGUUGGCCCGCCUACACGGCUGCCACCAUCUAUGGAAAGAUAGGCCUCCUCAUGCAUGGAGGAAAGCGUCCUACCAAUAACCGUACCGAUGAGAUGUACUUCUACGCAGUCAAUCGCGCCUAAUCAAUGCUCUCAUUACUCUCAGUCUCAGGGUUUGUUUGUUUGUGUGGUGAGCAUUGCUAAUAGGUGUCUCAAAUUAUGUACUGUCUAAUAAAGGUUGGUGAGACAUAUACCAAAAACAACCAACUAUGAUUGGCUUAUUAUAAGUCAAAUUAUGUGUGUUUGUGAUUGCAAAACUACUUAUCGCUUGAAUAAUAUGUACUGUUCACGUGUGUGUUUAAUAAAAGAUAUGAAGUUAUCUAAAAA